AUGUCUAUGUGGUUGGACCCGCUUGCGGGACAAGAAGUGUCAGCGGAGCGCAUGAAGCUGGCGGAAGUGCAGUUCGAGGCGAUGCAGACGACCUUCAACAACAUCAUGGAGACGUGCAGGAAGAAGUGCAUACCGCGGGAUGAAGGGUUCAGCGAGUCGGACCUCACCAAGGGCGAGAUGACAUGCGUGGACAGGUGUGUCGCCAAGAUGCACUACAGCAACCGUGUGAUCGGCGCGUACGUACAGACCCAGCGCUUCUCGCCAGAGAGACAACUGCCGCACUACGAGAAGUUCUACCCCAAAUAG